GGGGGUGGCGGGGGAGGAGAGAGGUUUCUCGUGCGCGCCUCCUCGGCGCAAUACGGUACCCUCGUUCCGGGCUCCAGCGGCCGGCCCAGCCUCGCGGUGGGGUCCGGAGAGCCGACGGGCGAGCGCGCGGGAGGGAGCGCGAACGGGAGCGCGAGGAGGAGGAGGAGGAGAAGAAGGCCGCCUAGCCCCGCGCCCAGCCCCGCGCCGCCGCAGCCAUGGCGGAGCGCCGCGCUUUCGCUCAGAAGAUCAGCAGAACGGUCGCUGCUGAAGUUAGAAAGCAGAUCUCUGGACAAUACAGUGGUUCCCCCCAGCUGCUCAAAAACCUCAACAUAGUUGGCAAUAUAUCCCACCACACCACAGUGCCCCUUACCGAAGCAGUCGACCCUGUGGAUUUGGAAGAUUACCUCAUCACUCACCCGUUGUCUGUCGAUUCUGGGCCUCUGCGGGAUUUGGUUGAAUUCCCUCCAGAUGAUAUUGAAGUUGUGUAUAGUCCUAGGGACUGCAGGACCCUUGUUUCAGCUGUGCCUGAAGAAAGUGAAAUGGAUCCACAUGUUAGAGAUUGUAUAAGAAGUUACACAGAAGACUGGGCAAUUGUGGUCAGAAAAUACCAUAAACUGGGAACAGGAUUUAACCCCAACACAUUGGAUAAGCAGAAAGAAAGACAAAAAGGACUACCCAGACAAGUCUUUGAAUCUGAUGAAGCUCCAGAUGGCAACAGCUACCAGGAUGAACAAGAUGACCUUAAAAGACGUUCGAUGUCAAUAGAUGAUACUCCAAGGGGUAGCUGGGCCUGCAGUAUCUUUGACUUAAAAAAUUCACUCCCUGAUGCCUUGCUUCCUAAUUUACUUGAUCGAACUCCAAAUGAAGAAAUAGACCAUCAGAAUGAUGACCAAAGGAAAUCAAACCGUCACAAGGAACUGUUUGCUUUGCAUCCAUCACCGGAUGAGGAAGAACCAAUAGAACGGCUUAGUGUUCCUGAUGUGCCCAAAGAACAUUUUGGACAAAGACUUCUUGUGAAAUGUUUAUCACUCAAGUUUGAGAUUGAAAUUGAGCCCAUUUUUGCAAGUUUGGCUUUAUAUGAUGUCAAGGAGAAGAAAAAGAUUUCAGAGAAUUUUUAUUUCGACCUUAAUUCAGAACAGAUGAAGGGACUGUUACGGCCACAUGUUCCCCCUGCUGCCAUUACCACACUGGCAAGAUCAGCCAUUUUUUCUAUAACUUAUCCUUCCCAGGAUGUCUUUCUUGUGAUAAAGCUAGAAAAAGUCCUACAGCAAGGAGACAUUGGAGAGUGUGCAGAACCUUAUAUGAUUUUCAAAGAAGCUGAUGCCACCAAGAAUAAGGAAAAAUUGGAGAAGCUGAAAAGUCAAGCCGACCAAUUUUGCCAGAGACUUGGGAAAUACCGCAUGCCUUUUGCUUGGACUGCAAUUCAUUUAAUGAAUAUUGUUAGCAGCGCUGGCAGCUUAGAAAGAGACUCCACAGAAGUCGAGAUCAGUACUGGAGAACGAAAAGGUUCUUGGUCAGAGAGAAGGAAUUCUAGUCUUGUUGGUAGACGAUCCCUGGAGAGGACAACCAGUGGGGAUGAUGCUUGCAACCUGACCAGCUUUCGGCCUGCCACCCUCACUGUGGCAAACUUUUUUAAGCAGGAAGGAGACCGCUUAAGUGAUGAGGAUCUGUACAAGUUCCUUGCUGAUAUGAGAAGGCCGUCUUCCGUCUUACGGAGGCUGAGACCAAUUACAGCUCAGCUGAAGAUAGACAUUUCUCCUGCACCGGAAAAUCCCCAUUAUUGCUUAACCCCAGAGCUGCUUCAGGUGAAGCUUUACCCCGACAGCCGAGUCAGGCCCACCAGAGAAAUCUUAGAAUUUCCUGCCAGGGAUGUCUAUGUUCCAAACACGACUUACAGAAAUCUUCUCUACAUUUACCCUCAAAGUCUUAAUUUUGCCAACCGUCAAGGUUCUGCCAGAAACAUCACGGUGAAAGUCCAGUUUAUGUAUGGGGAAGACCCGAGCAACGCAAUGCCGGUAAUCUUUGGUAAAUCUAGCUGUUCAGAAUUUUCAAAGGAAGCCUAUACAGCCGUAGUAUAUCAUAACAGGUCUCCUGAUUUUCAUGAGGAAGUCAAGGUCAAGCUCCCUGCCACACUAACUGACCAUCACCACUUGCUCUUUACUUUUUACCAUGUCAGUUGUCAACAGAAACAAAACACUCCUCUUGAGACCCCAGUUGGAUAUACAUGGAUACCAAUGCUGCAGAAUGGACGGUUGAAGACAGGGCAGUUUUGCCUGCCGGUCUCCCUGGAAAAACCACCACAGGCUUAUUCAGUGCUUUCUCCUGAGGUUCCUCUACCUGGUAUGAAGUGGGUGGACAACCACAAAGGGGUAUUUAAUGUUGAAGUUGUUGCCGUUUCAUCCAUUCACACACAAGACCCCUAUCUUGACAGAUUCUUUGCUCUUGUCAAUGCCUUGGAUGAACACAUGUUCCCGGUCCGCAUUGGGGACAUGCGGAUAAUGGAGAACAACUUAGAGAGUGAACUGAAGAGCAGCAUUUCAGCCUUGAGCUCCUCACAGCUGGAACCAGUAGUCCGCUUUCUUCAUCUUCUGCUUGAUAAACUCAUACUUUUAGUUGUUAGACCUCCUGUGAUUGCUGGCCAAAUAGUUAAUUUAGGGCAAGCAUCUUUUGAAGCUAUGGCAUCGAUUAUAAAUCGACUUCACAAGAACUUAGAAGGAAAUCAUGACCAGCACGGCAGAAACAGCCUUCUCGCAUCAUACAUCUAUUAUGUGUUCCGCCUGCCUAGUACUCACCCUAACUCACCGUCGCCAGGUCCCGGAGGUUUGGGAGGAUCAGUGCAUUAUGCCACAAUGGCUAGGUCUGCAGUGAGACCUGCAAGCCUUAACUUAAAUCGUUCUCGAAGCCUUAGCAACAGUAAUCCAGAUAUAUCUGGGACUCCCACAUCACCAGAUGAUGAAGUUCGAUCAAUAAUUGGCAGUAAGGCUAUGGAUCGAAGUUGUAAUCGUAUGUCUUCGCACACAGAGACGUCAAGUUUCUUACAAACAUUAACGGGACGCUUACCAACUAAAAAGCUUUUUCAUGAGGAACUGGCUUUGCAGUGGGUUGUUUGCAGUGGCAGCGUUCGGGAAUCAGCUUUGCAACAAGCCUGGUUCUUUUUUGAGUUGAUGGUAAAGAGCAUGGUACACCACUUGUACUUUAAUGAUAAGCUUGAUGCUCCGAGAAAAAACCGUUUUCCAGAACGUUUUAUGGAUGAUAUUGCUGCCCUGGUUAGCACGAUUGCUGGUGAUGUCGUGUCACGCUUUCAGAAGGAUACAGAAAUGGUUGAGAGACUCAAUACAAGCCUUGCCUUCUUUCUCAAUGAUCUACUGUCGGUUAUGGACAGAGGGUUUGUCUUUAGCCUUAUAAAGUCCUGCUACAAACAGGUGUCAGCGAAGCUCUAUUCACUGCCAAAUCCAAGUGUCCUGGUGUCCCUGAGGUUGGACUUUCUGCGAAUCAUCUGCAGCCAUGAGCACUAUGUUACAUUAAACUUACCCUGCAGCUUGCUCACCCCACCUGCCUCUCCAUCACCUUCUGUUUCUUCUGCAACAUCUCAGAGCUCUGGAUUUUCCACCAAUGUGCAGGACCAGAAGAUCGCAAACAUGUUUGAAUUGUCCUUACCCUUCCGCCAGCAGCAUUACCUGGCAGGCCUCGUGUUGACAGAGCUCGCACUCAUUCUAGACCCCGAUGCCGAAGGACUGUUUGGAUUGCAUAAGAAAGUCAUCAAUAUGGUACACAACUUACUGUCCAGUCACGACUCUGACCCACGGUACUCUGACCCUCAGAUAAAGGCUCGGGUGGCUAUGUUGUACCUUCCUCUGAUUGGUAUUAUCAUGGAAACUGUACCUCAACUGUAUGAGUUUACAGAAACACACAAUCAACGAGGGAGGCCAAUUUGUAUAGCCCCUGAUGAUUAUGAUAGUGAGAGUGGCAGCAUGAUAAGCCAGACAGUUGCCAUGGCAAUUGCAGGAACAUCAGUCCCUCAGCUAACAAGACCUGGCAGUUUUCUCCUCACGUCAACGAGUGGCAGGCAGCACACCACCUUCUCAGCAGAAUCAAGCCGGAGCCUUUUGAUCUGUCUGCUUUGGGUUCUUAAGAAUGCAGAUGAAACAGUUUUGCAGAAAUGGUUUACAGACCUCUCAGUCCUCCAGCUGAACCGGCUGUUAGAUCUGCUUUACUUGUGUGUAUCUUGCUUUGAGUACAAAGGGAAAAAGGUAUUUGAAAGAAUGAAUAGUUUAACCUUCAAGAAAUCAAAAGACAUGAGAGCCAAGCUUGAGGAAGCCAUCCUGGGGAGCAUUGGUGCCAGGCAGGAAAUGGUACGGCGGAGCCGAGGGCAACUUGAGAGGAGCCCAUCUGGAAGUGCCUUUGGGAGCCAAGAAAACCUGCGGUGGAGAAAGGAUAUGACUCACUGGCGUCAGAACACAGAGAAACUCGAUAAGUCCAGAGCAGAGAUAGAACACGAAGCACUGAUUGAUGGAAACCUGGCUACUGAAGCCAACCUCAUCAUCUUAGACACGCUAGAGAUCAUCGUCCAGACUGUGUCUGUAACAGAAUCCAAAGAGAGCAUUCUGGGUGGUGUGCUAAAAGUGCUACUACAGAGCAUGGCCUGCAACCAAAGUGCAGUGUAUCUGCAGCACUGCUUUGCCACGCAGAGAGCCCUGGUCUCAAAGUUUCCUGAGCUCUUGUUUGAGGAAGAGACAGAGCAGUGUGCGGAUCUGUGCCUCCGGCUUCUCCGACAUUGCAGCAGCAGCAUCAGUACAAUCCGGUCGCAUGCUAGUGCCUCCCUUUACCUCCUCAUGAGGCAGAACUUUGAGAUCGGGAAUAACUUUGCCAGAGUGAAAAUGCAAGUCACAAUGUCACUGUCUUCUUUGGUGGGUACGUCUCAGAAUUUUAAUGAAGAAUUCUUAAGACGCUCUCUAAAAACUAUUUUGACAUAUGCUGAAGAAGAUCUAGAAUUGAGGGAAACCACAUUUCCUGAUCAGGUCCAAGAUUUGGUUUUCAAUCUCCAUAUGAUCCUUUCUGACACUGUUAAGAUGAAGGAACACCAGGAGGAUCCAGAAAUGCUGAUUGACCUCAUGUACAGAAUCGCCAAGGGCUACCAGACGUCUCCAGACCUGCGCCUGACCUGGUUGCAGAACAUGGCCGGCAAGCACUCUGAGCGAAGCAAUCAUGCCGAAGCUGCCCAGUGCCUGGUCCACUCGGCAGCCCUUGUUGCUGAGUAUCUGAGCAUGCUGGAAGACCGGAAGUACCUUCCUGUUGGAUGUGUAACAUUCCAGAAUAUUUCAUCUAAUGUAUUAGAAGAGUCUGCUGUUUCAGAUGAUGUGGUAUCUCCAGAUGAAGAAGGCAUUUGCUCUGGAAAGUACUUCACUGAGUCAGGACUCGUGGGUUUACUGGAACAAGCAGCUGCUUCCUUCUCUAUGGCGGGCAUGUAUGAAGCAGUCAAUGAGGUUUACAAAGUGCUCAUUCCUAUUCAUGAAGCUAAUCGGGAUGCAAAGAAGCUCUCCACAAUCCAUGGCAAACUCCAGGAAGCAUUUAGCAAAAUCGUUCAUCAGGAUGGUAAGCGGAUGUUUGGCACCUAUUUCCGUGUUGGUUUUUAUGGAACCAAGUUCGGGGAUUUGGAUGAACAGGAAUUUGUUUACAAGGAGCCCGCAAUAACCAAACUCGCAGAGAUCUCUCACAGACUGGAGGGAUUUUAUGGAGAAAGAUUUGGAGAGGAUGUGCUUGAAGUAAUCAAAGACUCUAAUCCUGUAGACAAGUGUAAAUUAGAUCCAAACAAGGCAUACAUUCAGAUUACCUACGUGGAGCCAUUCUUCGACACCUAUGAGAUGAAGGACAGAAUCACUUAUUUUGACAAAAAUUAUAAUCUCCGGCGUUUCAUGUACUGUACACCCUUUACUUUAGAUGGUCGUGCCCACGGGGAACUCCAUGAACAGUUCAAACGGAAGACCAUUCUGACAACGUCUCAUGCCUUUCCUUACAUUAAAACAAGAGUCAAUGUCACUCACAAAGAAGAGAUAAUCUUAACACCAAUUGAAGUUGCUAUUGAAGACAUGCAGAAAAAGACACAGGAAUUGGCAUUUGCAACACAUCAGGAUCCAGCAGACCCCAAAAUGCUUCAAAUGGUCCUCCAGGGGUCCGUAGGAACAACUGUAAACCAGGGACCUCUAGAGGUUGCCCAGGUCUUCCUGUCUGAAAUACCUGGUGACCCAAAGCUCUUCAGACAUCACAACAAGCUGCGCCUUUGCUUCAAGGACUUUACUAAAAGGUGUGAAGAUGCCUUAAGAAAAAAUAAGAGCUUAAUUGGGCCAGAUCAAAAGGAGUAUCAAAGAGAACUGGAGAGAAAUUACCAUCGCCUUAAAGAGGCUCUGCAGCCACUGAUAAACAGAAAGAUCCCUCAGCUUUACAAGGCUGUGUUGCCUGUCACUUGCCACAGAGAUUCCUUCAGUCGAAUGAGCCUUCGAAAAAUGGAACUCUAAAAUAUACGCCUGUUCAUUUCAUUUGAAAAGAGCCAUGUAUUCAACAGUGAUGUCUAUUGAAAAAUAGGACUUGGAUGUCACUCUGGAAGCAAUAGCAUUGAUUUACUCUGAAGAGUAUGCUCCCAGAGGCAGGCUGUUACAUGUGAGGCCUGUGGCCAUGGUUUCUAACCUGGUAACAUGCUGUCGUCAUCUUAAAAACAAAAAGUUUUAAUGAUUCAAAGGUACAGUACACAUUUACAAUUAUUUAUACCAUAGCUAAUGUUAAAUUUAUUUACUUUUAAGUUCUUAUUUUUUAAUUUAUAUUACCAUUUAUAGAUUCAUUCAUUUUUGAACCAUUUUAAAUGUAGUAAUGCUUAUUUUAAAGGUACUAUUAAAUAUGUGAAUGUUUACACUAAUUUUAAUGAGUGGGAUUUUAAUUUAUUACAAUGGGAAAAAAUGAAUUGUUCAAAAACUGGUUCUAAACUGGUAUUAAACCACCCCAAAUUAAGUAAUGGUGGCAAGUGUCCCUCCCCCACAAAACAAGACUUGUUAACCAUUUAUAGGAAUGUUUUAUUAACCAGAAUCUA